UCAAAAAUUAACUUUAACAUACAAUUUCUGAAGUUGGUAGGCUCGACAGGGAAGCUUAUUUAGAACAUAUGGAAUACCUUUAAUCAAUUUUCCCAAAGUACCUAUGUUCAUCAAUUUUACUUGGACAAAUAAGUUAAUAGCGCGCAUUAACUCUUAUUUAUGUACAUACGUAGUAUAUGAAUCGCAGAGUGAUAACAUUUCUAUUUGUUUAGCCAAACACAAUAAUCUUGUGUACUCAAGUACAUGAAUGUAUUUCUCAUGAAUUCAUUUCUGUUAUCAAUAAAGUUUCCACAUAUUGAUGUCAUUACUUUCAUUGAACUCUCUAAGGUAACAGAAUUAGUGCUCAGUGAUUUCACACAGCUUAGUUUCCAUAACUUUCCAUGCACAUAUCAUCCAUCAACAAUCUCUAAUUAGUAACUGCAAUGGUACGAUUAUGUCUUUUCUCUCUUUCUCUCUAAGAAUGGAUAUGCAAUAAUAUGAUUAAAAUUCAUGUGUGUAUAAAUAUGAUAUCAUCCAUUGUAUGAAUGAGUCAUUUCACAUAUUUUACAAUAUAUCCAUACACCCAUUCAAUCUUGUGCGGUAGCUACUACGGUGUAUUAGGUAGUUCCAAUUGCGGUUUCAUAUUGGGGAAUUGAAGAACAAAAAUGGGGAAGGGGAAGAAUAAUGAUGGUGGACAAGGACAAAGACAAGGAAAUCAAGGUGAAGAAGGGUCAAACGAACAGAACCCAGGGGGGACCAUUGUGUUGGGGGUAUAUAUCCAUUGCCAAGGUUGUGCAGACACGAUCAAAAGCUCACUCAUUGGCUUCGAUGGAGUGGAAUCAAUUCAAGUUGAUGAGAAGAAUCACCGAGCACUUGUUAAAGGGAAGAAAGCAGAUCCUAUAAAGGUUACAGAAAGGUUAAGGAAGAAAAGUGGGAAACAUGUAGAGCUGAUUUCACCUAUUCCCAAGCCCAAGAAACAAGAGAACAAAGAACCUAAAAAAGAAGAGAAGAAGGUGAUUGAGGUUAUAUUGAAAAUAUAUAUGCACUGUGAAAGCUGUGCUAAGGAAGUGAAGCAAUGCAUCCACAAAUUAGAAGGGGUACAAACUGUAGAUGCAGAGAUGAAGACUCAUACAGUAAGAGUAAAGGGUACCAU